UCUUACGUUGUUUACGGUAGAUAACUCUCAGUUCAACAACGAAGCGUUAGCUAGUGUGCUUUCACAAACGCAAAUUUUGCACGUAGAGGGCCAUGACCAUAUGUGAGACAUAAUUUUAGAAUAAAAUGAUGAGGCACAGUUAAGGUAACAGUAAUGCCAGAGAAGAAGGUGCCACUGCCAAGUCUCCUUCACCGGGGAGGAGAGGUUUCCUCAGAAAUGGCAACUGAACUCUAUGAGACUAUUUUCAUGGCCAAGCAGGAGCGCCAUAAAAGCCUGUUUCUUAACUACAGAAACCUGAACCAUUUCCCCGUAGAGCUGCUGAAGGACGAAGGCCUGCAGUUUCUGGAAAGACUGUACAUGAAGAGGAAUUCACUCACUACACUGCCUGAUAAUCUUGCUCAGAAGCUCCCAAAUCUAAUUGAACUGUAUUUGCACUCAAACAACAUAGUCAUUAUUCCUGAAGCUAUUGGAAAUCUGGCCCGACUGCAGUCACUGGACCUGAGCAAUAACGCCCUCCAGCUCCUCUGUCCGGAGAUUGGCCGACUGCGGUCUCUACGGCACUUGAGACUGUCCAAUAACCAGCUGAAAUGCCUUCCUCCAGAGAUCGGCGAUCUGCAGGAACUGGAGUCUCUGGACGUGUCGAUGAACCAGCUGACGUCUCUUCCAGAUCAGCUGCACCGCUGCAUUUCCCUGCAAAAUCUGACAGCGGACCAAAACCUAUUGAGCCACGUUCCCCGACAACUCUGCUGUCUCCACCGCCUCAACCAGCUCUCCAUGGCCGCCAACCGGCUGACCUUCCUACCACUCGAUCUGGGCAGAUCACGGGAGCUGCAGUUUGUGUUUGUGGACAACAACGUGGACCUAAAAGGCCUUCCCUCCUACUUGUAUAACAAGGUCAUCGGCUGCAGCGAGUGCGGUGUGUCAGCCCAGGUGUUGGAGAGCGACCUGGGUAAGGUGGCGGGUGAGGCGCUGAGUGAGGCUCUGGUCGGGCUUCCGGCUGAAGUGAACGUGGUGGGCUCAGAGACGGAUAACGUGGUUCCACUGGAGGAGCUCGCCAUGAGAACCCUGCACCGCAUGUACCACCACCGGCCAGCAGACUUCAGCUUGCUGCCUCCCAUCAGCCUCCCAAAGAGCCUGCUGGACCUGCUGCAGUUCCCCCUUGGACACUGCCACCGCUGCAGUCAAGCCAUGUUCACCAUCAUCUACCCCAAACUCUUCCCCCUCCGUGACACCGCACUGGCAGGAGUGCACCGCAGGACGACUGUGAGUUUCGUGGCCUAUUGCUGCUCCAGUCACUGCCUGCGGACCUUUGACCUCCAGGGAUGAUGUUUUCUUCGUCCCUGUACGCAUUUGCUCAGGAGCUGUUGAGUGGUUUCCAGAAGGUGACAGAGGACGGCUUCUAGUCUGCGUGGAUCUUGAAGGUCGGAGUGCACCAGCUCUGUGCUUGACUGACAAUACUAAGAGCCACAGCGUGGAUGUUUGGUGGCUCCAGUGAUGGACAGAAAGCUCGUUCAGCAGCGUUUAGCAGUCAAAGACUCAAACCUACGUGAUGUUCCUGAGUCUGAUCAGCUGGGAAGAUUGUAUUCCUCUGUGUGUGGUGGGGAUCAAAAUGAUAAUGCUUUGUGUUAACAGUGCACAUAUGUCCUCAUGCAGCUAGCUCUGUCUAGAAACUAACAGUAUUAGACCUGAAGAAACUACUCACAAAUGGGCACUUUUUAAGAACAAGCACUGUUUGGUUUUUUGUGGCAUCAGUCAUUUCUCACACAGACGUUCAUUGCAGCAGACUCCUCCUGUUGAUUGUGGAGUCAUAUUUGAGGUAUUAACAUUUGUAGUGCAGUUUGUUUUACUGAUUACUGAAGAAAAUGUGGAGGGUUGUAAUUUAAAGACGUGUGUGACGUGUGUUAUUUUCAGCAGCAGGUGAAGGAGAAGCUGCCACAUUAACUCUUCAACAGUUGCCAUGUGUCUUUGAACAAAGACACUCGAGUCAAAUGUAAGUUCAUAUAAUGAAUGUUUUUAUCAUCACAUCAACUUAAAAUGGGCUGAAACCCAAAUUGAUCAAAUUGUUGCAACAACUGCACACCUGCAACACCACCAACACCUGCAGACUCAGUGUGAAGUCAAAGGCUUAUGUCAUCGUCUGUAGGAAGUCAGGUUUGCACACCUCGGAGGCACUGUGUGAUUCUGUUGUCGAGUUGACAGUUCAGUGUUAAUGUUCAUUACUUCGUUGUGCAAUUCUAAUUUAUCGUUUGUUUUGACUGUGUUGCGUUUGGCAGUAAAUGUUGACUGAUGUUUGA